AUGAGCACUUCGUCACCCCAACCAAAAGAAACUCCCAAAAGUAACCCCGAAUAUCCUUUUCCCACAGAAGAACCUAUCCGCCGCCCAUGGUUAAAAGAAGAGUUGGACGAUAUAAAUACCGUUGACGAUGAGAGUUCGAGUUCCAAAACAUCUCCUACUUCAUCAGAAGAAGGAAUCGUCUUGCAGAAUGUUCUGCCGAGCCAUCAAGAUUUCAGUCAGGUGGACAUGCUUUGGGAUGAGAUGACUGACAUCCAGGCCAGACAGCGUUCGGACUCUGAUUCGACUGAUGAAAGCGACUGGGACGAAGAAGACGAGGAACUCCUAAAACGCACAGAAUCUAACCGGGUGAUCCCGCCCGAAGAAGGAGAAGAAACAACAGGUCCUACCGCAGACCUCAAGCGAAUUGUGUCUGUCCGGCAGCGAUUGCUGUCAGAACAACGUCAUCUACUAGUCUUUACAGAUCCCGAGAUCGUGGUUGAACCCAGCCGGGCGACAUUCACUUUAUACUAUGGUGUUCGACCUGCAGGCUCGGGCACUAAUUCACGUAAACCUCGAUCUUACUUUGUUGCAUGUGAUUUUAGUGAGGAGAGUUUUUAUGCUAUCGAGUGGACAAUUGGUACUAUGAUGCGUGACGGAGAUCGUCUUUAUGUGACAACAGUGGUGAACAGAGAAGACAACCCAGAUGCAGCUCAAAUCGAUGGCAUGACACCUAGUGGAGAAUUGGAAUCAGCGGCUGGAAUAGUCACUGAAAAGGUCAAGGGUUAUAUGGCCAAGAUGUUACUGUUUGAUAUCAAAGUAUCUGUGUUUGCUGUAUCUGGUCGGGUCAAGGAUGUUCUAAAACAAAUGAUCCGAGAAUUGACCUUGACCAUGGUUGUAUGCGGUAGUAGAGGAAGAAGUACUAUGAAAGGUCUUUUGAUGGGAUCUAUAUCAACUUAUCUGGUUCACAAAUCCCCUGUGCCGGUCACUGUGAUUAGACCUCAAAAAUUCAAGCAAAAGCAAAAGAAGCACCAUGUAGCUGCGGCUUCUCUGAGCGAAAGUGUAAAGACUGGUCAUUUACAUGUUGAUGAACUUGCUAAUUAA